AUGCAAACCUUCACAUCUGUUCUCCUUUUCCUCGGUCUCGCCAUUGCUGCCCCAACUCAAGAAGCAGCCGAGACCCCAAAGAUCAACAAGCGCUUCAACGGCGGAUGGUGUGGCGUUCACGUCCAUACUUUUGACGGAGAAAAUGCCAAGGGUUCCCACGAGAUGAACGUCUGGGUCUACGACGGCAAGCAGCAAUUGAUCUGGUCCAAGGAGAGCAUCUGGGGCAACGGACAGCUCAUGGCUGAGAGUGAAGGCCUCCCUCUGGUCCUAAACAUCAACACUCAUGGAUCUGGCGAUGAUGCGACCUUCACGUACGGCGAUGAUGCCUGGGGAAGUGGGAAGUGGGACUCCAACAACGGUCGAUGCUCAGUUGGCAAGCAAGACAGCCCCAGCUUGACCUCUAGCACCGUUACUGUUGACCUUGACUGUGGAUUCUCUUGCUGA